GCUCGCUCGAACGGGGUUACAGCCGCACAGGGUAACGAGAUGGCGGCGGUGCUUACCCGAGCCGGCGGCCGCUCCAAGCGAUCCGUCUCCGGCUUCCACCUCCGCUCUGUUCUCGCGGGGCACGGGACCUUCUCAUCUGAAGCCGCGUCGACCGCCGUGGGCGAUCGCGUGGUCGCGGCUACGGGCGAGCACGAUGGGGACGACCUGCGCAGCCGCAUCUUCCGACUGGGCCUGGCGAAGCGGAGCGCGACGGCGGCACUCGAGAAGUGGUCCAGUGAGGGACGCGACGCACCCACGGCGGAGCUCCGCCGCAUCGCGCGCGACCUCACCCGCGUCCGUCGCUACAAGCACGCCCUUGAGGUAGCAGACUGGAUGAAGACACAUCACGAGUCUGAUCUAUCAGAGAACGACUACGGAAUGCGCAUCGACUUGAUUACCAAGGUCUUCGGUGCCAGUGCCGCGGAAGAUUUCUUUGAGAAGCUCCCACCGGGAGCCAAAUCGCUAGAAGCCUACACAGCACUUCUGCACUCCUAUGGCCGGUCGAAGAUGACGGACAGAGCCGAAAGGCUGUUCGAGAGGAUGAAAGACGCGAGCCUGCCUAUGGACGCCCUGGUCUACAACGAGAUGAUGACCCUGUACAUCUCCGUGGGGGAGCUCGGUAAAGUGGAGGCCGUCGCAGAGGAGCUGAAACGGCAGAACGUCUCUCCGGACCUGUUCACGUACAACCUCCGUGCCAGCGCGGCCGCGGCGUCCAUGGAUCUCGAGGGCUUCAGAGCAGUCCUCGACGAGAUGUCCAGAGACCCGAAGUCGUCCACAGAAGGAGGGUGGGCGCUGUACCGGGACCUCGCGUCCGUGUACGUCGACGCGGGCCAGCUUCUGGGCUCUGUGAAUUCGCCGCCGGUGGAGGCCGGGGAGGCGAGGAUCAGCCAGAGGGAAUGGAUCACCUACGACUUCCUCGUCAUCUUGCACGCCGGCCUCGGCAGGCCAGAGAGGAUAAGGGACAUCUGGAGGUCCAUGGUGGCGACCUCGCAGUCGCAGUCGCAGCAGCAGCAGCGCAUGACGAGCCGGAACUACGUCUGCGUGGUCUCGUCCUACCUGGCGUGCGGGCGGCUGGAGGAUGCCGGGGAGGUCGUCGACCAGUGGCAGCGCUCUAAGGCCCCCGAGUUCGACGUCUCCGCCUGCAACCGGCUGCUGGACGCCCUCCUGCGCGCCGGUCUCGCCGACGCCGCGGGUAGGUUUCGGGAGCUGAUGCUGCAGAAGCGUUGUAUACUGACUAGCAGCAGCAGCAGCAGGGCGGCAGUGGUCGAGUGAUUACGGGUUGGUUUCGAGUCUGUUCUUUUUGUUGUUGUUGUCUUGUGUGAAGGAAUAAACAAUGGACAGCCCAAGCACUCUGCACGUUACGUUAUUCUCUGACAUGAUUGAUGUGAUCAUGUCUGGUUAGUGGGUUACGUAC